CAGCUUCAGUUAAUUUUAACCAUGAGCUCCGCUUCUAUAAGCAACCUCAAUCGGAAGAGACCCGAAAUAAUCCCUCGACGCCCCUCAACCAGCCGUUUGCGCGACUAUACACGCAUCUUUAAGGCGUGUGACACGUGUAGAAAGAAGAAGACGAGGUGCAUAUUGGAUGCUCCCGAUGUACCAACGACAGCCUGCAGGAGGUGUAAGCGCGAGCGAAGAAAAUGCUCCUUCACACAAGAAUCAGCCUCACCAGACGCUGCCAUUAGAGAACGAUCGGAUCAAGCCGUCGCUGGCGAGAGCGAAACAGAUUGCCCGAUAAAUGAAGAUGAACAUGGUGGAGGUCUACCAGAGACCCUCCGCCAGCCUCUGUCUCUGACCUAUGGCGCAAACCGUACACCGUCAAUUACAACAGGAACCCAGCCGGACCAUCAACAGGGUCCUGAUCAAGGCCAUCUUCAACGCGAUCGAAUCCCAGAUUUCAAGUCGAUCGCGCCCAUCGCCGAUGGCGCGCCAGAAGAGGGCGAUGUGGCACAACAAAUCGCUCUUCGUGCCCCGAUAUCCAACGAUGGAGAUAUCAUGAGCUUGUUGCAACAGUUGUCAAGAAACCAGGAUAACACGCAGCGGUGGAAUGAGUGGGAGAGGCCAAGUUCGUCGCGUCCUCCACGCAUACGUCCCGCUUGUCCAAUAGCGUCAUCUGUUUGGGAGCCCUCGGAUCCGAGCAGCGACUCCCUCAAGCUGUGGAAUUCGUUCCGCUUUGUCCGUAUGGGUUGGCUGACCGCGCGUGAGGCCAUCUCAUACAUCGACUUGUUCUUCGAAAAUCUCUCUCCUUGGUCUCCCAUUCUCGACGACUUUUACCGUCACCAUGCUAAUCACUACUCCCUCAUCACCCAAGAACCAUUACUCUGCUGCACAAUUCUAAUGAUAGGGUCUCGAUUCUAUCCACUCCGAGGAACAAGCAGCUGGUCGAGAAGUGUUGCCUUGCAUGAUCGCCUCUGGGAGCAUUGCCAACACCUAGUAACAAGAAUCAUCUUCGGCCAGGAGAAAAAAUCCAAGGCGAAGACACGCACUUUUGGUUCGAUCCAGGCCCUCAUACUUAUGACCGAAUGGGCACCCAGAGCUGUCUACUUCCCCCCGAAAUCCGAUGGUUGGGACUCUGACCUCAUCUUCCAGCUGCCCGAUGAUCGUGACCAGCCGGGAGGUAAUGAAGCAGACGUGACCCAGGACAUCCACGGGAACUGGUUCCGAGAUAUCAUCUCCCCGGUACGAAUGAUUGAUCGUAUGUCCUGGAUGCUUCUCGGGUGUGCUGUCACUUUGGGUCACGAAAUCGGUAUCUUUGACGCAACCAAGGCCAAGCUGGCGGUUGCUGGGUUGAACUCGCCGGACGAACAGCAGAAACGCAUAUACAGUUAUACAUGGCUUCGGAAGGUCAUCUUCAUUGCGGACGAGCAGUUCUCCAGUCGACUGGGAUCUUCCUCGCUUGUUCCUUUGAGCCUGAAUUCAUCGGCUUUUGAACCUUUGUCAAAUCGCUCAGACCUCGAUGUUGAACAAAAACGUAGCUUUAUUGACAGCCAGCUAGCGCUUUCACGGCUGGCCAAGUCUAUCUCCAAUACUCUAUUCUCCUCGACAUGUGCGACAAGGGAGCUCAUCCAAAGCUACAAAUACGUCAGCAGCAUCGAGGACUUUCAGCAGCAGCUUCUGGCAUGGCGGCAGGCUUAUCUGUGUGAGCAAAGACUGUCUGAGCACACCUACGAGCUCCUUGCCAUCGAGUACCAGUACCACAACGUCUUUCUCAACAGUCUCGGUAUGCAAGCCAUCGCUGAUCGCUUGACGGACGCGGUCUCCAAGACCCAGGAAUCGAUCGACCGGCAAAGCCCAACUUGGAUUCAGACCUUUGCUACUACAGCCGAUCUUCAGUUCGUCAUGAGAGUCAUCGACGGUUGUGGGCAAAUUCUUCAAAGCAUCGUUCGCCUGGCCGAAAAGGAGAAGCUGCGAUACUGUCCCACACGUGUCACUAGGCGCGUGAUUGCAGCGUCUGUCUUUCUUCUCAAGGCCCUAGGACUAGGGGUUAAGCAAACACAAUUCGAGACCUCCCUGGACUUCUUGCAGGGUGGUAUCGAGGCGCUUCGGGGGAGUACCUGGGAUGACCUGGAGCUCGCAUCCCGGUAUGCUGCUGUCUUGGAAGUUCACGUAGAACGUUACAAGCACAACUUUGUCAAAACGACAUUCCAGCAAGGGACUGAGCAAAGCAUGACGGCGGGCUUGGAUAGACUUGUAACCAAUGAGGGCCAUGACCUUGACAUGGUCGAGAUGCAAGCAUUUCAAAAUCCAGAGGACUGGCUGUCUGUUCCGUGGGAUAUGUCCAUGGCCCCUUUUGGAGUCGCUACGGAUGAGUCUACUGGUAUGAUAGGUUUGGAUGAUGGAGACUGGAGCUUCCUGUGGAAUCUUCCCGUAAUUUCCGACCCAGAGGUUUAA